UUAGUAAAUAUAAACUGCUAAAUACCUUUUCUCAACAGCAGUUAGAGCAGUCGAGUGACUUCAAUCAGUGUCCUACUGAGCACUGGUUAAAGAAUUAGCAGGAGUUUUCUUUCUGCUCUAGGAGGAUGCAGAGCCCCUGACCUCUGUUUGGACAGUGUUGAUUGGCCCUGUGCUGAUCACAUGCACUCUCCCAAGAAUACACACCAAAUUGAGCAUGUGCAGAGUGACUUCACACGAUAUGUCUUAUCUGGAGAUAAGAGGGGGACACUGGAAGAAGGGGAGGAUCAGAGGACAGGAUCAAAC